UCUCUCUCUUCCUCGCUUUUGUUCGCAAAUCGCUUCUUUCAUUCUCAUUCAUUCCAGCAUGUCAUUACCACCACAGUUCUCCGGCCACCGCAUCUCUGGAAAGGCGGACGCGCAUCAUACGCUCGAGUUCUAUCUUGAUUAUGUUUGUCCGUUUUCAGCCAAGAUUUGGAACCAGGUGUAUCAUAAUGUCCUUCCGUGGUUGGAGAAGGAGCAUCCUGGUCAGGUUCAGUUGAUUGUCAGGAAUCAAAUCCAACCUUGGCAUCCAGCUUCCACUCUAACUGCAGAGGCUGCACUUGCGGUUGAAAAGAUCGAUCCUUUACAAUUUGCCGAAUACAGCAACGCAUUGUUCAACAAUCAAAAGGCGUAUUUUGACGAGAUCGUGGUUAACGAGACCCGCUCUGAGCAAUACAAAACUCUUGCUGCCCUUGCAAUCUCAACUCUUCAGUCGUCCUCAUCUAUCACAGAAGAAGCUCUGCUUCAAUUGCUCCAUAUCACACCUGUUCAGACUUUGGCUCAAGCUACUAAUACAGGCAACAGCGUGACAAACGAUCUCAAGUACUUUAUCAAAUUGGGUCGUCAAAAUGGAAUCCACGUUUCACCCGCGGUUCUCUGGGAUGGCUUGGUUGAGAAUUCGAUCAGCAGUGGAUGGUCUCUUGAUCAAUGGAAGGAGUUUGUGAUGACGAGGUUAUAAACAAUAAACACAAAAGCAGCAGCUUUUAUAUAUAUAUUUCUGAAGCACAAGUUUUAUUACAGUUGGGAGGUCUUGUUUUU